UUCUAUAUUAAGUGACAAAUUAUGUACAUAAAUUGCUACAAAAAUAUUUUUACCUGGUAUUGUCACUUAUCUUAUGUAUCUACAUAAAUUCUCACAUUUGCCUUUACAUAUAUUGAUAUAUUUUUCCUGUAUUAAGUUGUUCCAUUGUCUCUGCAUAAGUUGCGAUAACAUAGAAAGCGACAUACCUUUUCUAGAUAUAAACACAUACUAAUUAGUUGAGGCAAAUUCUUCUGCAAAAGUAGUGAUGCUAUUAAACAUAUAAGUUUUUACACUGCAAAACAUAAGGUACAACAUAUCUUUAUACAAAUUUCUACUGAACAAACAAGAUAACUUGCUAGUUCUAAACAUACAUUGUAAGGUGCUAUACUGUUUGAAUAUAAGUUACUGCAUGAAUACAAUAUAAGUUGACAGUUGCACAAAAAUAGUUUCAAAACAUAUUGAAUAUGGAUCUUAUUUUGUAGACCAUGUCACAAGAAAUACGAUGGUGCAAACGAAUUUAAAAAUAGAUGUUUGAUGGAAGAAUAAUGCUCAUUUGAAGAGAAUGCAACCAAUUUAACUCGCUGACAUCAGUGAUGAUUUCACGUAUAUAGCGAUAUCCCUGCAUGCAAGUCUUCCUGUAGUGCCUCUACCAUGAUUACAUCGUGUUUGCUUACUGUAGCGUCCAGAAGAGCGGUCGCACACACCGCUCGCGCGCGAUAGCGUGGUCCCUUGCAAAAAGAUGGAAAAGGAAGUUUGAUCUACCACAUCACACGAAAGAAGUGCAAUUUAUGCAACUCGCAGGGAAAAAAGUGCAAAAGCCACUUGCUCAUGAAAUGAAGCAAUAAGCCGAACACUUUUUUUUCUAUGAAAUAAAUAUCUUUGCUGUCCACGUCAGGCCUGCCAAAGUGCCAAAAAUUGAACACAAAUGGACGUUUAGCCUGCUGCGCUGCAAUCCGCAGAAAACCGAAGCCAAAUCAAACAAUCGCGGAACCAAGAACGAAGGCUCCUUCCGGCGAUGGAGAAGAGCAAGGUUCUAGUCGUGGGCGGCACGGGCUUCGUCGGCAGGCGGAUCGUCGUGGCGAGCCUGGCGCUGGGCUACCCGACGUUCGUCCUGAUGCGGCCGGAGAUCAGCCUCGACGUCGACAAGGUCCAGGCGCUGCUGUCCUUCAAGGCCCAGGGCGCGCGCCUCGUGGAGGCGUCGCUCGACGACCGCGCCAGGCUCGUCGCCGCCGUGAGGCAGGUGGACGUGGUCGUGUCGGCCUUGUCCGGGACACACCACCGCAGCCAAACCGUCCUGCUGCAGCACAAGCUCGUCGAGGCGAUCAAGGAGGCCGGGAACAUCAAGCGUUUCAUACCGUCGGAAUUCGGCACGGACCCAUCGAGAAUGGGGCAUGCUCUUGAACCAGGAAGGGUUAUAUUCGAAGAGAAGAUGGAGCUACGGAGGGCAAUAGAAGCGGCCAAAAUUCCCCACACCUACAUUUCUGCCAAUUGCUUUGCCGCAUACUUUUGUCCAAACCUCGCUCAAAUGGGUACUCUUCUGCCUCCCAAGGACAAGGUUCGUGUAUAUGGAGAUGGCAAUGUCAAAGUAAUAUUUGUGGAUGAAGAUGAUGUGGCAACUUAUACAAUCAAAUCCCUUGAUGACCCUCGCACCUUGAACAAGACAAUUUACCUAAGACCACCAGAAAACAUCCUCACUCAAAAUGAGCUGAUCGCGAAAUGGGAAAAGCUCUCUGGAAAUGUCAUCGAGAAAAUUUACAUUCCGGUUGAUGAGUGGCUUCAAUGAAAGGUAAGAAAUAAAUGUGUGCUUCAAGUCAUCAUCAAGGAUGAAGCAUCUAAUUUGCAGUAACAUAAAAAAAUGGUACAAGGAUCACAUCAAAUGACCAAAUUAAGGAUUAUUGAGUGAGAAAUUAAGGUAUAAGGGUAUUAUAUUCCAGUUGCAAAAUAGAGUCGUCUAAACACAUAAUAACCCUCCAAACACAUACUAGCCUAGUUUGGUUCCUUUUCUUUAAGAUGGGUACCAGAUAUCACUUUACAAGGCUAAGCUGGAUAUAAGCUUAUAGCUAUGAUGUAGCACCGCCACUUUAUCAUAUUUUCUAUGAAGGUUGCCUGACAAAUUUUGACAUUGGGGAGGACGGAACAGAAGCUACUCUUCUGUACCCGGAGGUUGAGUACACCCGCAUGGAUGAAUAUAUGAAAAGAUAUCUGUAAUUUGUAAAGUUUUCUGUGACCUAUCUGAUCAUAUAAGAAAUUCAAAAACCAUGGGCACCAUGGCUGGAAAUAUAUGGUGUUAGUGUUACAUCC